ACGCGGGAGAGAAUGGGAGGGGAGAGCGGCGGAUGAGAGGCACAGAGAGAGAGAGCGCGCGCGAGUGUAGCGGGGGAGAGACGGAGAGAAAGAGUGCAGUGGAUUCCUUUUUGACGCUGCUCGCUGCUGCUACAUGUUAGAGAGAGAGACAACGCAGAGACACACACAGCGACAAUAGACGCAGAGACAGAGGGAGCCACACGCAUCGACACGAGAGAGACAGCGGCGCGAUUCAUCGCUGCUACAACUACACGUUAGCGAGAGAGAGAGAGCGAGGGAGAGCGAGUGAGAGUGUGCUAGAGAGGCAGAGGCACCACCCACAGAGAACAGGGAGAGAGAAAGAGAGAGAGAGAGGUGGGGAGGGGACACAGACUACUCCGGGUGCUGACUCUCGCGUGAACAUGGCGAGCCAGCGAGGUGCGCACAACGAGAAGCGGCAGCGGCACGAGCGACGGCGCAGGUGAAUCACCCGCACGGCGCUCACCUCCAGCUCGCUCACCUGCGCCGGCCCUGUGAGAUGCUCACCACCACCACCGUCACCACCACCACCACCGCCACCAUCGUCACCACCACCUCUUGCCGUCACUCUUGCCUCCUUCGCUCCGAUCACGAAGCGCGGAGACUCCGGGAGACGCUGCAGCCAUCGCCUCUCCUUCGCACCCACUCCCCGCGCGUCCCGUAACCCCUGAUCGGUGGCGGUGGAACAGCGAAGCAACCUUCUCGGAGCGUCGAGGAGCAAGACGCUCCGAUAGCCCCCGGGGGGGGGGGGGGGAGGGCGCAUCGCCCAACUCGAGUUGCCCCAGGUGAGGUUCUACAGGUGAGAUCCUGCCGCCGAGAGCAUCCGAGCCACGCCGAGAUCCUUCAACCCCGAGAGGGCUCCCGUUCAUCAACAAUCUUCGGCCAAGGUCACCCGCGGGAGAGCUCCGACAGCCGGGACCCACCGUUAUCCAUCGAGGCACCCGAACCAAUUAGUCCGGCGAGAUCCUCUCGCUCAGAUCGUCCGGCACGUUCCAAGAGUCUCCAUCGCCGCCGCCACCGCCACCGUCACCACUACCGCGACCAUGCCGUUCUACAAGCGGGUGCUGAGUCCCGGUGGCGACGAGGCGGACUCCACGAACCGGCGUCGCCGCGCUUCGGAACCUUGCGAGGACCUGGGUCACGCCUCCAGCCGGGCCCUGGGGGACACCCUGCGCCAGCUGGCCGGCCUCGCUCGCCACGCUCUCGGCAUGUUCGCCGAACUGGAGGCGGCGGCGAGGUUGGUGGCCCGGCGCUCCGAGAGGCUGGAGGGUCGGGUUCGAGCCCUGCGCGAAGCCUCCGCGGCGCUCGACUGCAGGGCGGUGGCAGUGCCUGUGUCCACCCUGCAGGAUGAGAGCCGGAGGACGGAUCACUUCCGGACGACUCGCGCCGUCAAAACCAACGCGCUGGUGCCGUCGACGCGUCCACGCUGCGUGGACGAGCUCUGGCAGAGCGCGGCGGAGAAGCCCAGGGCAGAGAUCCAUGAUCAGGACAGUGUAACGGGGAGUCAAGUGUCCACCGAGUCGCCCCGUGAAUCCGUUCGGGUCACGCUGAGGGCUCCUCCGCCGUCCCCGGCUGUGAGCUCCGGCAGUGCUGCUGCUGCUGGCGGUGGUGGUGGCAGCGGUGGCGACGGCGGCAGCCGCCACGUGACGGAACGGAGCGGGUGCUGUAGCGUCACUCCCUGGAGCCCCAAGUGCCUCCCACGCAGCCACGUGGAGGAAGACGACGACGAGGAAGGAGAUGAAACGGUUGCAGAGGGGAGGCCGCCGUCGCUGCUGAGGAAGUGUCGCAGGGGCCCCGUCCCCAACGUUCCGUGCACGUUGGACCGCCGCACCAACUGGACGGAGGAGCUGCCCCUACCCACGCCCGAGCAGCGCAUGCGCGAGACCGCGUGCCAGAUCGUCUCUGACCUCGUGCCCAUCAACGUGUCCGGCAGCAACUUCGAGCGCCAGGCCAGCGCGCGUCGCUCCUUCGCCACCUCGGAGUCGAUCGUUCGUCGCAAGAAGCGGCUCCAGCGGAGGAAAACCAUCACGGGCAUCCCGGAGCACGUGCGCAGGGAACUGGGCUGCUGCUACGGCACCGACGGCUGGCGCUGCCACUCGCUGUCACGUCUGGGCAACUCGACUUUCCUGUCGGCGCUGGAGCCCCGCGAGACGUGCGACUCGGCCUGCCAGACGGACGACGGGGAGCACCACCAGCAGCAGCGGCGAGAGAAUCAUCGGGGGGGGGCCCUGCCGGCGCCGACCCCCCACGUGGUGUCGCCCAGCGAGAGGCGCGUGCGGGCUCUGCUGCACCGGCGCGACGGUGCUUCCGACCGCAUCUCGCGCUCGCAGGGGGACGUGCGCGGCCCGGCUCUCGCCACGAAUGCCGCACGCCGAGCCACGGCGGAUAUCGACAGUGACGACGACGACGACGAUGACAACAAUGAUAAAGACAGCGGCAGGGGAGGCAGUGGCGGCGGCGGUAGCGCUGUUGGUUUUUCCGCCCGGCGGGAGUUCGGCCGCGACUUGGCUGCCGGACGCACCCCGGUAACGGACGGGGAUCGCCAAACGCGGGGUCGCGAGGACGCCGACGCCACGACGCGCGUGGAGGUGCACCGCACCGACUCGGACGCCCGGGACUCGGCGAGCUCAGAGGAGGGCUCCGUGUUUCUGCCCUCCAACUCGAGCGGAUCUGACAGGGUAUGCUUGACCGACCGAGGCGCCGACGGGACUGAAACGGCGGGGGAUAUGGCCAACCUCGGCCACGGCGAGUCCUUAUCGGGCGGCACAAGUCGGUUGAAAAGUAACGAGCGGCCAAAACGUUUGGUGAACGGCGUCGCGCUCCCGCCGGCCGCGACACACGAGCAGUACCAGUGCACGUCGCACGGACGGUCGCGCGCACCUUCCGUCGCCCACGUUCAGGGCCUGCAGCUGAACAAUGGGGCGCCGGUGCCUCCCGGACAAAUGCCAGCGGCGGCCACGUGCGCUGCCGCAGAUCCGGACGGAGCGCCGAUGUGCAGACAGAGGGGCGGCGGCGCCACCUCAGAGGUCAUGGGAAAAUGCGGAGCGGCUCGCGAAGCCGGCUCGCAUCAUCAUCAUCAUCAUCAUAGGGGCGUUUUUCCCGAAACCGAGUCGUCCGAGAGGUCGGACGCCGGCUCCAUGUUUUCGGAGGACAUGGACGGCUACUACACCUCAAUGCACUUCGACUCAGGGCUGCGUGGCCGCAGCUACAGCAGCGCCAGCUCGGAGCCGAGCCACCCCGGCAGGGGCAUGCGCAACCGCAGCUUCUCCAUCACCAAGCUGCGCCAGAAGCCGGCACCGCCAAAACGUGAUGUCUCUCUCCGCAGAGAUGCGCAGCCUCAAAUUGCCAGCGCCUGCAAAACCGGCGCCAGCGGCCGCGAUUCCUCAGACAGCGCGAGCCUGGCCGAAAGCCGGGCGGCUCUUGCCGGUUGCUGCGCUCGGAGAGCGAUGGUGGCGUCCCACGGCGAGGAGGAGAAGCUGAGAGCACUUAGAAUUUACAACGGCACCGCAGGCCGGCACGAGGACGCGCUGCUGAACAACCACAGGGUACGCGAUGCUACGGCAGCACCGCACGCGACAAGCGAGACACCAAAAAGCAGCAGCGCGUUCGUCAGCACCGCCAACAACGGGCCCCACAGGGGCCUCAAAAUCCCGAAUGGCGACGUUAUCCCGGCCGCGGGCUAUGCACCGCACGACGCUCAGGAGCUCCUCGGAGGGAGGGCCUCGCCGGAGGGGACUCAGCUCGCCGAGUUGAGGAGGUCGCUGAAGCUGGACAUCAAGACGACUCACGUCGCGUCCACCUGCCAGAAGAAUAACACCGCGCACUACGAAGACCCGUGGGUGCUCCGAGAUGACUCGGAGGCAGCUGCAGAGACUCCCACGCCAGGUCCGGAACGGGCCACGGUUUCAUCCCAAGUGCCGGCGAUGACACCGGCGAUGACACCGGCGGCGGCGGCGGCCGCCACUCCGACCGUCCGUCGAUCCGAGUCUGUGGACUCCUGGAGCUAUGACGAGAUGCUCCCGAGCGAGGCCUACCACUCGCUGUCGAGCUCCAGCACGGCCACCGGCACCACGGUGGUGGAGUGCCAGAGGUUGGGCUCAGACGAGGCACUAAGCGGCACCUCGCCGCGCGCCGCGCCCUCCUCGCCGGCCACCACCGCCUCGAGCCAGUCCAAGUCGUCAUCACCCGAGAAGGUGAGCAGCGUCACGUCGCCCUCCAGUGGCUACUCGAGCCAGUCGGGCACGCCGACCUCGCUCGUGCCGGCACCGCUGUUCCCGCGCUCCGGAUCUCCCGCCGUUGUCAAGGUCAAGCCUAAAGUCCCCGAGCGGACAUCCUCCUUGAAGCCGCCCAUCACGCACAGGCCGCAGCCUCUGCCGCCGCCGUCAGUAAUGGCCGGCGAGUACAGAGAGAUCGUCGCGAACAGUUACCCCGCGGUGCCCGGUUCGGCAAUGUCGGCGGGGCAAAGAACAAAGCCAAGCCGAGAAUCCCCCAUGUUUCACUUUCCGCCGGACCCGUGCUUCGUGACCGCCUCGCUUGACGGCAUUUUGCUGAGCCGCGUGAUGUCGUCCUGCUCAGAACUGUACAGCAAGCGUGGCCACCUCGUGCAGUCCGCGUCGUUCCCCUGCCAGUACGCGAGCGGCGUCAUGGGUCCCCUCACCGGCGGCGGUGGUGGAGCCAUCAAAAUGCAGGAUCCGGCUGUCACGGCCGUCAAAGUGCUGGAUACGCACGUGGGCAAGGGGACGCCCGUGCCGGACUACGAAUUUGUCAAGCUGCGGAUGGAGAAUGAGACGUGUGUGCUUCCGAAACCACUGCCAGACCUCCUGACGGAUUCACAGAGGCCGGCGCACGCCGCAGCGCCGGUGUCAGCAUAUCACCACUGCGGCGCACACCGCCGCCACCGCCACUGCCAACCCGAUGCCACGAAGCCCAUUGUGCAGGCUUCCGCGGCGUCACCUCAUGAAGCUCAGGAUUUCAUGGACAGGAAGAAAUGUGCAGACCCGACGAUUGACUCUUCUGACCAGUAUCACACAUCAGCGGUCCCGGCGGCAGUGGCGGUGGGAGUGGCAGCAGAGACAGCGAAAUGUGACAUCAGUUCGUCCGCACGGGUCAACCGAGCCAAGGUUUCCUGUGCGGAGAGCGUUACUAAAUCCAACAAGAAGUCAGAAAGCGAGCCGCUUCCGAAAUGCCUGGAUGAAUCGACUUUGACGCCAGCCACCCCAACUCUGCUCCAUCAGCCGUCGCCCGCUCCACCACAAACCUCAAGUGCCGGCUGUGCGUUGGACAGUUCGGGGUCUCAGCUGGAGCUUCACUCGUACAAAGAUGCGGCGCCCAGCGAUCAGGAAUGCCACCAGAACAACCAAGCGACAGCCACAAUGGCGCGCUCGCCAGCGUCGCCGUCCGUGUCCUACUCCGUGUCCGUCAUCCACCCCAAGUCGCCGCAUGCGUUCACGGCAGUGUCGUCUCAUCAGGGUUCAGCCAUUAUCCAGGAUGUGGAGCACAGCUCCAGGCCGAUUGAAAACGGCAGCGCGAAUAUAACCGAGCGGGUGGCCACGUGUAACGGAGGGUCACCUCCGUGGGAGGAUGAGCGCGAGCAGCACACAGAGGUGCUUGCGACGACUGUGAAAGAUGCUCCGGGAAUUCUGGGCAAGGAACAGGAAGUGAGAGGGAAAGAGGCGGUUGCCACGGAGAUGGGGGAGGGCAACGCGCGAGUUUUGCAGGAGUCGGCUGAUGACGUCGGCGAUGGAGUGUUCGAGUUUCAAAUGGCGAAAGUCGUGGCAGAAGAAUACGACGAGGGGGCAAUGCGGAGGUCAAGCUCGCGGUCCGAGGAUGACGUCUUCGUAACAUCCCCCUCGGUCUCCAUGACAACCGCCGACCUCUUUGAAGCCAUUUACAGGUCAAAGAGGAAGUUCCUGUGCCGGAAGGAGUCCGCCGAGAGGGGCUCAUCGGACAGCACUCCGGGCUCGCCGGUGGUGACAUCGCCGAUCGUCGGCUCGCCGGUGCUGGCGUCUGCCAGGGGCAACGGCUCCCCGAGGCUGUCCUCCCCUCACGGCCGGCGCUCGCAAACCAGCCAGGAGCAUUUCAAGGCGCUGCUGCUGCGCAAGGGCUCCCGCUCCGACGCCGGCUCCAGAAUGUCGGCCGCCGAGCUGCUCAAGCACACCAAGAACGCCGCGGCCGCCGCCGGUUCUCCGCGGCCCGACGGCACGGCAUCGCCGCUCGACGCCCGCUCGCUGCUCGCGCGGGAUCACUGCGAGUCGCCGGCGGCGUCGUCCCCCGGCUGGCAGGGGCACUCGACGCCGGGCCGCAGGGAGCACCGGGCGCGGCACCCGCUGGCGAUCCGGGCGGGGGUGAGGGGCGACGGGGUGGCCAUUUCGCCGGGGGCUCGGCACGGGCCCCGCGCCCUGAGGCUCGCGUCGGUGCGGCACUCGCCGGCGAUGCAGCCGAUCUCGGAGGGAGAGGGCGAGACGGCGGAAGCGGCCGCCGCCGCCGAUGAUGAUGAUGAUGAUGGUGGUGGCGAAACGCCCUCGGAGGUGGCCGGUGAGAGGAGAGAGGAAGAGUCGCCUUCAGGGUCGAAGGUCGACGAGCAUUGAUCGUGGGUAGCAAAGCGACCGAGGGAGAAGUUGAGAAGUGCUUUUUAAAAAAAAGUAGUUUUUCUUCUUGUUGGUUUUUUUUUAUGAAAAAAAUUAUCACAUCAAUGCUGGUAUAUAUGUCUUUACAGCACAAUGUCAUAGCCGUCAGUUCCUAAAGAAGAUGUAGUCUCUGAGUGUCUGAAUGUCUCAUGCAGUUCCCAUGUAAUUAGAUCAAGUAUGUACCAGUGUGUAAACUAUUUAACAUUUAAAAUGCACCCUAAGAAAAUAGAGGCAUUAAAAAAAUGGAGUAAGGUUUGAAGUGCAGUGUUUGCAUUGACUCGAGAAAGAGGUGUUUAAUCUGUAGUUUGAUGAUGAGUUGUGGUGUGAGUGGUGGGAGGUGGUGUUGGCGCCGUGUAUGUGUUUGAAGGUGAUCAGGCUGUAGGAAACGUGAUCCCUUACAAGAAAGUGCUUUAGAGAAAAAUGUACAUACGAGUAUAUAAGCAAAAGAGAAAUAUCACGCAAGAGUAUACGUUAACAAGAGCGUUGAUUGAUCAGAAGUCCCGUAUUGUCUUAGAGGAUUUGAAGAAGAUGCUUCUGGUUAAAUCUUUGCAAGGUGUAUCUCAAGCCCUAUGCAGUACAACGUCGGAUAUCUGAUUCGCUGGGUACUUGAUAUUUAGGCGGACAUGUGAAAAAAGUCAGAUACGUGAAAAUCUAUGAAAUUUGAUGGUUACAUAAUGCACAAUAAGUGCAGGUUACUGGGAAAAAGAGAAAGCAAAAGCUGCUUUAAACGUGGGGACAUUAUUUACUGCACCUGAAAAGUAAUCCAAUGUACAGUACGCGAGAUUAUAAAUACGUGACUGCGUAAAAAAGAUUUGUGAACAUCUAUAGCAGAUUAAAUUCACGAUGUGCGCAAAAACUCCUGUCUGUGGGCAGUUAAACGAUGAGGACGGACGUAGGAUGGGUGGGAUAUGUAACGUUGUACUGCAGUGGUGGUGUUAUUGUUCUAAAGGGUGUGCAGAGGAGAUGCUUUUGCUCGUUAAAACGUGCCUCUUGCCCUCUGAUGAAGUGUUCUUUUACGAACCGUAGUGGAAAAGAAAUCAGCAGAGGGUGGUGGGAGUGAUGAGCACCGCUGCUUGUGCUUGCUGUUGGAAGGAGUGCAUGGAGAAGGAUAAUGCAAGUGUGUGGGGGAAAAAAGUGUAUCACGAAAAGUUUUUUUAAGAUUAAAAUUAAAAAAAUGUACGAGUUCGGGUUUUGCUACGGUCAGGGCCAACAGACUUCGGAAGAAAGCUUUGCUCCGGUUUACGUUAUUUUAUUCAAGUUUGAGGCAGUUGUGGUUAUAGCUGAAGACAAAAAACAUGUUUAAAUUUGUGAAUUAAGACUUAUUUAAGGCGGUUUAAUUAACUGUGCUCAGAGGAGAAAUGUUUGUGAAGUUUUAUAUUUUCAACCACUUACAUUGUCAUUUUUUUUCUCAAUUAACUGUUACACAGAAAUAAAAAAAAACAUACCUUAUCAUAUUAAUUUAUUCCACUGUUUUACUGGCAAAUUCUAAGCAAUGUUUUUUUGUUAUCAAAGAAGCAAAAAAACAAUUCGAGGAGAUCAAAAGAUUAAAGUUUACGCCUAUGAAGUGUGUGAUCUUGUUGAUGGCGUCUGCUGGCCCUGGUUAUUAGAAGGCAGUUUGUGAUGAGGGAGGGUCGACGCUGCGUAACUCUCCGAUCUGUUUUCGGGUUGUACUUCGUUGUCGAUGGUCAACAGUAAAUUUUCUCAAGAAGCUUUCGGCACGUGGGAGCAUAUCGUCGGACAUCAUGCUGUACAACGUGCGGGACAGCCCGAAAGCGCACAUCGGAGACCUAAGAAGUGAGAAGGUUUAUUUUGGGUUAGAUGGUGGAGGUAUAUGCACAUUUUUUUUAAAGAAUUCUGAUCAGGAAGCACUUUCGCGCUUGAGCUGAGAUUUCAUUAACACACGAUGAUGAUGGAAGUAAUCUCCAGCGAAGCGUCGUACAAAACUCUCAAAAGUUUAUCUUGGUCUUUUCAAUAUGUAUCUGGUUUGCUGAGAAACCAAAUAAAUUGGCAUAUUUGCCCACGUGACAACUCGAUUUGAUUGGCUCCGAUGGGUGGUGGAGGGUUAAGGGGAGCCGCGGUGGGGAGAUAUUAUCUCCCUGGCCUGAUACGCAGGGGUCCAUGGGUUCGAUCCCGACCCUGACGAUGCCUGUUGCAUAUUUCGAGUGUGCAUGUUCUCUUUCCACGUAGUCACGUGGAUUUUCCUCCGGGUCCUCCGAUUUCGCCCUCCACAUUUAGAAAACAUGCGUUUAGAUGAUUUCGUUAGGAAUAUAAAUUCCCAUGUGUCAUGAAAUAAGCCACUUCAAUGUGCUUUUGAAAAAGAGCUACUCCAUAGCUCAGUGGGCUUUGCCUGGUAAAAUACAAUUUCAGUCUUCAUAUUACAUUUUGCAUUAAGCCUCGACAAUCUAACCCAAAAUAAACUAAUAGUGAACCAUAAUAUUGGUCACGAAAGCCUACGUAAACAAUCGUUGCAGUAUUAUUUUAGCCGAGGUGUGCGACGCACUGACGUUGGAUUCCAAAUGAGUGUGCCCGUGCAGUGUUCAAGUCGUCUGUAUUUAGCCACCACGUUCAGUGUCGUCUCGCCUAACCCUCGGUUAUUCCUUAUUUAAGCGUGGGCCUUGUUCAUGAUUACUCUUAUUGAUUUGUUGCUGAGAUAUCAUUUUACUUUCAUCUGCUUCAGCGCAUGAUAAACCGCACGAUUAGCCGUUAGUGGUUAACGACAUGUGUGUGCAAGCUUCACGUGAACACCGUAAACUGUUGGUUUCAUCCCCACACUUUGUGAAGUCCCAUCGUAAUAGUUAUUCACAGUGAUCCGUCCUUGUGUUUGUCAGAAGUGACCAAGUCCAAGGCAUCGAUGACCUCACUCUGCCCAUACCCUUCCAUGCCUCAAAUCUGUCCGACAGGUGAAUUAAAGUGGCUGUGUGUUUUUUUUUGGUUAACGGUUGGGUCACUCACCGUAGGGAGUGAAUCUGAAGCUGCGUUCUUGGUGUAACCGUCACGAAGCCACUCAGUUUCAGCCCCUUGGUUUCUUAAGUGGCUCAGCUUCUCCAUUGCUCCUCCUCGGUGUGCAUGAGUUGCUCACGAUUAGUGCCGUAGAUGCUCAUAGAUGAUGGAUGGCAUCCACCCAUACGACAGCGGUGUUUCUUUUCACUUUGUUUUUCUCACUUGCCAAAGACAAUAUGCUAAAACCGACAAGUUUUUUGGAGAAAUGAAUUCAUGUCUUUCUGAAUUCAUGGAGUAAUUUUUGUUUUCCUUUGUGCUGGUAUUUCUUUUGUUUAGCCCUGGUGUUUUGAAGUCCAUCCUAUCGCUCAAAACAACUACGGCAAUAGAGAACUGGUUAAUCGCAUUUGUGUGUUGGAUAAGACUCCAGUGUGCGACACGACUUAGUAUUAUAACGAUGUAAAUAUGACGCAUUACACUAACAACACUACUCAGUAGACAUUGCACUAGUUUAUCUUAGCAUGUAGUUUUUGUGUUGUUUUUUUUUAAAUAUAUAUUUACCCACUAAAUUUUGUUGUAAAUAUUCCUGUGCCCCCUUUCUGCCACGUGUAUGUGCUAUGGUGUGGUGCUAAUAUACUACUGUAUUUAAACCGCCACGUGCAUUACACUCCGAGCACGUUCCGUAUUGUAGCUGCCACCUCAAUGUGGGUCCCUUUCCGCCCCUCCCCCUAUUGCUUACGUAUACUUGAAUUGCCACAUUUGUAACAACCUGCAGACAAAAUAAAUUAAUACGAUUCAAACCAAA